GUUUAUGUUGAUGCACCUCUCGAAGUUGUUGAACAACGUGAUCCAAAAGGAUUAUAUAAAAAAGCUAAAAUGGGUGAAAUUAAAGAUUUCACAGGUAUUUCAGCACCCUAUGAACCACCACCAUCCCCAGAACUUCACAUUCGUACCGAUAAACUGAAUUUAACAGAAAGUGUUAAGAUAAUAGCCGAUUACCUAGUUGAACAAAAGUAUAUUAAUCCAAAGGUUUUGAAUUGA